AUGGUUUCAGAGGAACCCGAGCAGCAGCAGCAACAGCAGCCUGGUGUACUACUAGUUACACAAUCCAAGACCGCCAGACCCACGGUGGUCCGCAAGAAGUUUGCAAAGCCCCCGGUCAAAGUAGCUUGUUUGGCCUGUCGUGCUUCCAGAACACGUUGUGAUGGCCAAGAUCCGUGCACGAAUUGUUCUAGUAAGGGUAAGGAUUGCUCUUAUCUUCCCAGUAAGCGAGGUGGUCCAAGAAAGAAGAAGAAGACGUCGACGGCUGCGGAAAUCCUCGCCCAACAGGAUGACGUCCAGAAUGGAGCGACCCCCCCGGCCUCUUCGGGGUUUGGCGAUUCAUCCGGAAUGUUUGGCCAGAUCGAUGUGCUCUCAAUCCCAGGGGCAGGGCUGAGAAGCCUUGACUUCCCUUCCGAUGUCCACGCCAUGUUUGCCGACCUCUUCGUCCCAAACAGCGAGAACAAUGUUCCUGGCCAGAUGGAGCCGACCCCUUCCCCGUCAACUAUACCAUCCCGAGCCUUGGUUCGGACUUAUGGCAGUGAAGAUGCUAUCCUCAAUGCCUACUAUGACUUCAUUCAUAAUUAUUUUCCCAUACUUCCAGCAAGAGUCGACCCCCAAGCCCCGGACCGGCCCCUAGAGUGUGUUGGUUCGUUCACAGAAUCACCGUCUGAAGACCCAAUUCUCGUCUACAGCCCACGGUCGCCUCUGAGCCUUGCAAUAUCGGCGAUUAUGGCCCUAGUCCCACACCCUAACGAUCUGGAACCAUCGAGUCCGACAUCUGUCAUCCGCCGUCGGACAUUCGCACAGACGUUUGCACAAAUGGCAACUGCUGCCAUUGAGACUGAUUGCGAGCUUCAUGCUUCGUCCACCUACCCCUCAGAGGCCUUGUCAAGCGAGAGACCACUCAUUGAUCGAGAGUCGUUCCAUGCCCAGACGCCAGUGGACCUCGAAAGGCUCCUCGCGCUUCUGGUGCUUUCAAUCUACGAGUACAACCAACGAGGCAAUCUACUAAAGAUGAGAUAUCGUGCUGGUCAGGCUCUGGCAAUAGCAUUGGAUAUGUCUCUACAUUCUCUAGGGGAGGAAGUUGAUGAGUUUGCGGAAGCUCGGCGAAGAGCUUGGUGGAUGACUUAUUAUUGUGUUCUCCAGGGUUCUAUCGUCAGCACAACGCCCCUAGCUAUUGCCGCGAAUGAUCCCCAAUUCAUCACUCCUUACCCGCGGUUCUCGGCCGACCCUGAUGGCUGGUCUGUGUUGAUCCAAGCCCAGCAAGUUCUUGUCUCAGCAACCCAAUUCAUUAUCGAUCUCAAUAAAUGUCUCUCCACGAGGACCAACAUGCAUUACAUCUACGAGCGAAUGCAGCAACUCGAUGCAUGGGCGAGCUCUGCCUUGGCACAAUCAAAUCUGCUUCCCAUUGUGCCUCAGUCCAUGGCCUGUGGUGGUGAGAUUGAAUCUACAACAGCCCAAAGCAUACGUGCAAUAUCGCGGAUCAAGUUAUCCAGCGCCCAAAUCAAGGUGCAUCGCUUUAGGGCAUUUUCGGACAUCCCUAUAUUUAUAAAAAAGCACUGUGAUCUUACCUCAGCCGGAUCAAACGACGCGAUGUCGGAUUCUGCCUCCAGAAAUUGCAGGUCUCAAAGCGGGAUUGCAAACAUUGGAUGCUCGUGUAGCCUCGGGCCUUUCCAGCAGACUCCAAGCGACUAUACCUCUUCUACAUCUUCAGUGUCGUCAGAUCCCCAGCCAAUGUCUCAGUAUCCAUUUACGAGCGGAUUUCCUUACAGCAUUCAACAUUCAGCGAAGAUGUGUCUCAGAGCAUCCCUCUUGAUUUCACGCAUGUUCUACAGUUUGCCCCUGCCGCAACCGCUUCUUGAUAAUUGCCCGACUCAGCAGGAGCUGCAGAUACUACCGAAUCAGCUACCACGAACCAUGCCAUCGUUUGCGUGCUGCCUGAUGCAGGGCAGCUAUGCAAUGCUAAUGAUAUUCUACAAGGCACGCGUGGAGACCCAAUUGUCACCAGACUAUGGGAACGACAGUGCCCCAAAUCCCUCAGACCGGCUAAUCGAAGAAAUCCGGAAGGGACUAGAGCGCAUAAUUGCUACUGUUACAAACUAUGCGAUUGCAUUUGAGGCGUUGGACGGAAUGAGGGAUGAAAUCCAGGGUGCAUAUCAUGCGGCGUUGUCUCAGGCAUAGAAUCUACUUCUCUUUCUUUGCAGAUACCAACUUCUCUCAAAUCACAGCCUGCCUUGAUGGAACUGGCUGCAUACUGUAUAUAGUUUCCGCUAACAUGUGGAACAGAAGAAUAAUUAUAUAUUGGAAUUACUCUUUCCCCCUC